UUUUUUUAUCCCAAGAAUAAACUUGUGAUAAUUUAAGCAAAAGCAAUUUCAAAUUCUUUGCCAAACUGCUUCCAGUCCUGAUGUCGGGGACUCUUUUUCACCACUGUGUUGUUGUCGUUUAUAGAUUGUAAGAGCAGGACUGCUAAAAGAAAGGCCAGUCCUGAAAAGAAGACCCCAAUAAAAAGGAGGAGGGUCGCUGAGCAGGCUGGUCCUUCCACCAGCUCAGAUGUGGUCAAAGGAGUGAAGCGCAAGGUUGUGCAAGAUGAAGAGGGCACAACAAAGAAAGCAAAGAAGGCUAAACUUCUCGACCAUAUGAGCGGUGACAAGGAGCAAGCAUCCUCCUUGUUGGACUCUGGUAAAGACUUGAAUAACAAACAGGUGUGCGCAAAAAUGGCAAAAGAAAGGCCGCGGGAGACAACAGAGAGUCACCCAAGAAAAAAAAAGGAAUGUGGACCAGGACAAAAAAUCAGUGGCAGACCAAAAACGUGAAUUCCAAGCCAGAUAUGUGGAGGAGCACCAGCUCGGAGAAGGAGGCUGCGGAGCAGUGUUUGCUGGCUACCGGAUAGAAGAUCGUUUUCCAGUUGCCAUCAAACACAUUCCCAAAAAUAAAGUCUACUGCAAAGUGGCGGAUGAAAGCGGGAAGAAGCUCUCAGUGGAAGUGGCCAUUAUGGUUAAACUUGCAGGUGAAGCAGAAGGGUCAGUGGGAAUAUCUGCACCUGUGUCCUUGCUGGAGUGGUUCGACCUUGGCAAAGAGCUGAUCCUGGUGCUGGAGAGACCUGUCCCCGCUGUGGACCUGCAAAAAUACAAAGCAGAAAAUGGAAGAACUUUAACAGAGGACAAGGCCAAGGUCAUUCUGAAGCAACUAGUUGAUGCUGUAAAGGAACUUGAGGAUAAACACAUCUUUCAUCGGGACAUCAAGGGACAAAACAUUCUGAUUGAGACCGGCUCAGAUGUGCCUCGUGUUCGCAUCAUUGACUUUGGACUGAGCUGCUUUGUUAAACAGCGAUCUCUGUAUCGCAUCUUCUAUGGCACUCCUCUUCACAUCCCUCCCGAGUGGUACAUUAGGAGCUGCUACAGGUGUGGACCCACCACGGUGUGGCAAAUGGGAGUGGUGUUGUAUGAAGCGCUUCAUGCACGAUACUUUAGUACCGCGAGGUUCCUCACAAAGAACUGAGCAUCAAAAAGCGUCUGUCCACAGAAUGCCGGAAUUUCUUGGACGCAUGUUUAGCUAUAGUCCCGGAGAAGCGCCCAACACUGGAGGAGCUCCAGCUUCACCCCUGGCUAAGAUAACACACACAAACACACAAUUCACACCUUAUCAUAUAAGUAUGAUACAUUGUAGUAA